AUGUGGAUACUUAUUCUUAUCAUAAAUGUCGCUGGAUUUCUAAAUAUUGCUGAAGGCAUUGGGCCAAGUGGAAAUUGUACACUUUUGCCAAAAGGAGAAAGAAGUUUUCCACAAAAUUUCAGUUUUGGUGUAUCAACUUCUGCAUAUCAGAUUGAAGGCAGCUGGAACGCAGACGGUAAGGGUCCAUCAAUAUGGGAUGAAUUUUGCCACAAUCAUCCCGAUAAUAUUUUGGAUAGAACAAAUGGUGAUAUAGCAGCUAACUCGUAUCGCCGUUUUGAUCUGGAUUUAGAAGCAUUAAGGGAUCUUAAGGUCAAUCACUAUCGCUUUUCGAUUUCCUGGACAAGAAUCUAUCCAAGCGGUGAUAUCUCAUCGAAAAAUCAAAAAGGAAUCGACUAUUACAAUAAUGUUAUAAAUCAGCUUAUAGCUAAUGGAAUUCAGCCAAUGGUAACAAUGUUCCACUACGAUCUACCGAUAGAGCUGCAAAAGUUAGGUGGGUUAACUAAUGAGCUUUUUAUCGAUCAAUUUGUAACAUAUGCCGACGAAUUGUUUAAAAACUUUGGUGAUCGUGUUAAAACUUGGAUAACAUUCAAUGAGCCAGUAAGAUUUUGUAAGCCUGGGUAUGGUACUGGAAGGGACCCACCACAGAUAAAGGCAUCCGGAAUUGGAGAUUACCUUUGCAUAGCCAAUAUUCUAAAAUCACAUGCUGCUGCCUAUCAUCUUUAUCGAUCUAAAUAUUUUGACGAGCAACAUGGAAAGGUGGGAAUUAGUUUGGAUACGUCUUAUUUCUUCUCAAAAUCCAAUGACAACGAACUUGUGUAUCGCAGCUUGCAAUACAAUUUGGGAAUACUGGCGCAUCCAAUAUACAGUAAAUCUGGUGGAUUUCCGGAGGUAAUGGUAAAGGAAAUUGAAAGGAACAGUUUGCAAGAAGGAAGACUAAAAUCACGACUUCCAAGUCUUGAAGGGAAAUGGAAGGAUUUAAUUCGUGGAUCAGGUGACUUUUUGGCCUUAAAUCACUAUACGUCAAAAUAUGUAGAGCGUUCUCCCCAACCACUUGGAGAUAACCCUUCAAUGCAGAGAGACUACGAUACCAUUGAAACUGUUGAUGAGAAUUGGCUUCAAGCACAUUCGUAUUGGCUCAAUUGUGUUCCGGAAGGAAUGGAAAUGUUAUUAAAUUUCAUCCGGGAUGAGUAUAAUAAUAUUGAGGUAAUUAUCACAGAAAAUGGAUGGUCGGAUAGUGGAGAAAUCGAAGACAAUAAUCGGAUUGUUUACCUAAAGAGUUACAUUCAAGCUGUUCUAAACGCAAUUAAUGAUGGAUGCAAUGUAACUGCUUAUUCGGUUUGGAGUUUUAUCGAUAAUUUCGAAUGGAUUCAAGGAUACACAGAUAAAUUUGGACUUUAUUCUGUUAACAUGAUAAGUCCAGAAAGACAACGUUCACCUAAAAAAUCAGCUAGAUUUUAUAGACAAAUAAUUGAAACAAGAAAAAUACCUAAUGUUUAAUUUAUAGUAUUACAAAACACAUGACAAAAAUAAAAGCUUAAUAAUAAUAA